AUGGUGGGUCCUGAGGUUGAGCGGGGGUUGUCCAUGUUAAUGAAGAUAUGUUUUGAAACGGCAUAUGAAUGGGCACUUUUAUCGCUCACAAAAAACUUGAUGUAUUACCAAGUUACUGAUGCUGCACUUCUCGUAAAAAUAACUGCUGCUCUUCAUAGUCCAGUCAUAGCAUCACUUGGAUAUUUAAUUGAGUUACUUAAAAAAGCAAAGGGCAUAUUUGCUGGUACACUCAGUAUAAAUGUAAUUGGUAAUUAUGUUGGUAUUUUAGGGAUAUUGUUGUUCCAGAGAUGUUUAACGAAAGUGCUCAACAUAGACCUUUGGCGACUGUAUGUUACGUACGUGAAAGAGACAAAAUCCAGCUUACCCACAUACAGGGAGAAGUUGUCUCAGGCGUAUGAAUUUGCCACUGAUAAGAUCGGAAUGGACUACAAUUCCUAUACUCUGUGGAAUGACUAUGCAAAUCUGCUGAAGAAUGUCGAGGUUGUAGGUUCCUAUGCAGAAAACCAGAAGAUUAUGGCAGUCAGAAAGGUGUACCAAAGAGGCAUUGUGACCCCAAUGGCCAACAUCGAGCAGCUAUGGAAAGAUUACCUGGACUUUGAGAAGAACAUAAAUCCCAUUAUUGCCGAGAAGAUGAACAUUGAGCGAGGAAGGGACUACAUGAAUGCAAGAAGAGUCGGAAAGGAGUUGGAGACCGAGACGAGAGGUCUGAACCGUCAUCUGCCAAGUGUGCCCCCUUCAGGUCUACCCGAAGAAACAAAACAGGUUGAAAUCUGGAAGCGAUAUAUUAGAUGGGAGAAAGACAACCCUUUGAGAACGGAUGACCAGACGUUGGUUACUAAACGUGUGAGAUUUGCAUACGAGCAGUGCCUCCUCUGCCUCUCCUAUCAUCCAGAUAUUUGGUACGAAGCGGCACUCUUCUUGCAAGAAUCCUCCAAACUCCUAUCAGAAAAAGGGGAUGUGAACGCCAGCAAAAUCUUCAGUGAGGAAGCAGCUCAAAUCUAUGAACGUGCUAUCUCUGGACCUCUGAGAAAGAACCAGCUCUUGUACUUUGCCUAUGCAGAUUUUGAGGAAUCCCGCCUGAGAUACCAAGAAGUGCAUAAAAUUUAUCAGCGGUACAUAGAAAUGGAGGAUAUUGAUCCAACACUGGCUUACCUUCAGUAUAUGAAAUUUGCUCGACGGGCAGAAGGAAUAAAUCCACAAGAGAGAGAAGGAUACUUUACACUGCGGGACCUCAAGAAGGUUCCUGACGAGUGCCCGGAUAAUGCAACUCACCAAAAUUAUGGCCAUAUGUUUGACUAUUCAUACCCAAUAUAA